GUAUAACUCACGCAAUUUUUCCGCAACUACAUCCGCUGCCCUCCGCCCCCAGUUCGGCGAUCGGAUCAUGGAGGGCUGGGACACCUCAACGAAGUCAACUUUGACCCGAAUCCCCUUGCUGACGGUGAAAGCCGGCCCACGCGACGGCGGCGCGUGGACCCAACGCCUGAAGGAGGAAUACAAGGCGCUGAUCGCCUACACCUCGAUGAACAAGGCCAACGACAACGACUGGUUCCGUAUAUCUGCCGCCAAUCCGGAGGGGACGCGAUGGACCGGAAAAUGCUGGUACGUUCACAAUUUGCUCAAGUACGAGUUUGAUCUGCAGUUUGAUAUACCCGUUACGUAUCCUGCUACGGCUCCGGAGCUUGAGUUGCCGCAGCUGGACGGGAAAACGCAAAAGAUGUAUAGAGGAGGGAAGAUAUGCUUGACGGUGCAUUUCAAGCCGCUCUGGGCUAAAAACUGCCCUAGAUUUGGCGUAGCACAUGCUCUCUGCUUAGGGCUGGCACCAUGGCUUGCAGCAGAAAUUCCUAUUUUGGUUGAUUCUGGCAUGAUUAAGCACAAAGAUGAUGCAGCAUCGUCCUCCGAAGCUUCUUGAAUCUCCUCUUGUGGAGUCUGAAAGAAUAAAUGUUCCAAUUUUGGGAUAUCCCUAAACUUUUUGUAGUUUAUUAUCCUGGUCUCAGUAUGUACCUUAGAGCAAAUCUAUACUUGUAUGAGCUUGUGUGUGUGUGUUUGUGUGUUUCGUUCAAUAUCUAUACAUACUGAGCAUUAAGCUUUUGAUGUGCCUUAUUCCAAACAAAAUCAUUCUUGGAGACUUUCAUUCUUGUUGACAUAUUGUUGAUUUCAACUCCAGGUCAGGGAAUUUUUAGUUUUUCACUUUUUUUUUUAGUUCUUUCACUUUUUUUUUUCUUUCACUU